UCAGCAGUCAUCAUUGAGUUUUUUGGUUGUGUGCCUUUACUUCAGCGACUCCCAACCUCAUCUAUCCGAAAAAUCGCACAACUUGUUACCUUUAAACACUACGAUCCUCAGGAGUAUGUUGUUCGCGAUGGAGAGGUUGGGAAUGGAGUAUACUUCAUAUGGGACGGCGAGGCGGAGGUCUCUAGCUAUUUUUAUGCGGACGAGGUUAAUCGUUCGGAGUACCAACUUAAGCGUUAUGACUACUUUGGCAACGGGUCCGCACAACAAGCAGACAUCAUUGCACUAACUAAGCUGACCUGCUUACUGCUGCCACAUGAGCAUUGCAGUUUGCUGCAGUCAAAAUCUAUUUGGAACACAGAACAAACACGUACACUUGUCGAAAGGAUAUUGCAUCUUGACUCUAUAGACGUAAAUAUAUUUAAAGGGAUCACAUUGCCGGAUACUCCACAUUAUGGGAAAGUGUUUGGAGGACAGUUCAUUGGACAGGCAUUAGCUGCAGCAUCAAAAACUGUCGAUUCGUUUAAGAUUGUUCAUAGUUUACAUGCUUACUUUCUUCUUGUUGGGGAUCUUGAAAUUCCAAUUAUAUAUCAUGUUCAUCGGGUGCGUGAUGGCAAUACUUUUGCCACACGACGGAUAGAUGCAAUUCAGAAGAGAAAUGUGGUUUUCACAAUGACCGCAUCAUUUCAGAAAGAAGAAGUAGGGUUUGAUCACCAGUUACCGUCAAUGCCAGCUGCCCCUGAUCCAGAAUCGCUUUCAUCAAUGGAAGAGUUGCAGGAGGCCCAUCUUACUAAUCCUCGCCUUCCUAGGACGUACCGUGACAAAGUUGCCACAACAAAAGUUAUUCAUUGGCCUGUUGAGAUAAGGCUUUGUGAGCAUAAUAAUUCAACCAACUACGAUAAACGUCCCGCAAGUUUGAGGUACUGGUUUAGAUCGAAUGGAAAACUCUCCUGUGAUGAGAAUUUGCACAGAUGUGUUGCAGCAUACACUUCAGAUCACAUAACUCUAAAUGUGAGCCUGAAUCCUCAUCGCCGUAAGGGCUUGAAGACUUCUUCUGCUAGCUUGUGUCACUCGAUGUGGUUUCACCGGCCUAUUAAAGCUGACGAGUGGCUGUUGUUUUCGGUAUGGAGUCCUACUGCAUACAAUGCCCGUGGAUUAGUUAUCGGUCACAUGUUUAACAGAAAAGGAGAGCUUGUUGCAUCUAUAACUCAACAGGGGUUAAUAAGGAAAGCAGGAACAUCACCCUCUUCAUCAAAGCUGUAAAGAUACAUUUUGAGGUUCUAAAUGAUGCAGAAUAGAAGUAUGUUUGCUUAGUUUUUGUAUAUGUUUAGUAAAAUAAGGUGUGGA